AUGAGAUCGUCACUGUUUCUAGUCGCGGCGCAAGCUCUGCUGAGCUAUGCUCUCAGCAGCGGCGGACGUCCUGAUACGCUAAUACGGGAUUUUUCUGAGAAACGACAAGCCGCGCAAGAUAUCGUCACCUGGGAUAAGCACUCGCUCUUUGUCCAUGGCGAAAGAGUGUUGAUCUUUAGUGGGGAGUUCCAUCCGUUCAGACUCCCAGUGCCAUCUCUGUGGAUCGAUGUCCUACAGAAAGUUAAAGCGCUUGGUUUUAAUUGCAUCUCGUUCUACAUCGACUGGGCUCUCUUGGAAGGGAAGCCCGGGGAUUUCUCUGCAGAGGGUGUCUUUGACUUGCAGCCGUUCUUUGAUGCUGCUCAAAAGGUCGGGAUUUAUCUCAUCGCUAGGCCUGGCCCUUACAUCAAUGCCGAGGUUAGUGGCGGUGGGUUCCCAGGAUGGAUCCAACGGGUUCAUGGUCUUUUGAGGAGUGCCGCACCAGAUUUCCUUAAUGCGACGGAUAAUUAUAUGUCAAACAUCGGCAAAAUAAUUGCAGAUGCUCAAAUUACAAAUGGCGGCCCGGUAAUUCUAUUCCAACCUGAGAAUGAGUAUUCGGGAGCUGGCGCUUAUACCCCUUUCCCGGACGGGUCAUACAUGGAAUACGUUCUUCAACAGGCCCGGGAUGCUGGGAUAGUUGUUCCUUUCAUCAGUAACGAUGCGAGCCCCCUCGGCCACAACGCCCCAGGAACCGGCGAAGGUGAAGUUGAUAUCUAUGGGCACGAUGGUUAUCCAUUGGGAUUUGAUUGCGCACAUCCCACGGUUUGGCCUAAAGGAAAUUUACCCACGAAUUAUCGAAGCGACCAUCUCGAGCAGAGUCCAACGACGCCUUACUCCAUAGUUGAAUUUCAAGCCGGCUCAUUUGAUCCUUGGGGAGGUUGGGGGUUUGAACAGUGCAGUUCGCUUGUGAAUCACGAGUUUCAACGAGUCUUCUACAAGAAUAACUAUGCUGCGGGUGUGACGAUAAACAAUCUCUACAUGAUCUUCGGCGGGACUAACUGGGGUAACCUCGGACAUCCUGGCGGAUACACUUCGUACGAUUACGGAAGUGUCAUCAAGGAGGAUCGAACUGUUACACGGGAGAAGUACUCGGAACUAAAGUUACAGGCGACGUUCCUACAGUCUAGCCCCGGUUACCUUACUGCAACCCCGGGUAGCAGUUCGAAUAACGUCUACAGUGAUAACCCUGACAUCACCAUUACACCGAUACUAGCAAACAGCACAGAUGAUGCUUCGUUCUUCGUAGUAAGGCAUACCAACUACUCGAGUUUUGAGUCGACACAAUACAAGGUCAAACUACCGACGUCCCAAGGGACACUUACCAUUCCUCAGACAAACCAGUCUCUCAGCCUCAAUGGCCGAGACUCAAAGAUAAUAGUUACCGACUACGAUGUUCAAGGCACUCGACUACUUUACUCCACUGCCGAUGUUUUUACACAUCUGAAGCAAGGAGACCAGACGAUUCUUAUUCUUUAUGCUGGAUCUAAUGAGCACAAUGAAUUCGCAAUUGAAGCGCCAUCAAACAGUCAAGUUAAGAAGAUCGAUGGUGACCAAUCAUACAGCGUAACAAGAAGCAACUCUAGCUUUUUGACCGUAGAUUGGGCGACCCCUGAUGAGCGAUCUAUCCUUCAUAUCGGUGAUAGCCUCUUGGUUUAUCUACUCAAUCGCAACGCAGCAUAUAACUAUUGGCUUACUGAUAUCGAGGGCACAGACGAUAAAGUGCUCAUCAACGGGCCAUACCUCGUGCGUUCCGCUUCCCUAGAGAACAAUGAGCUACACAUCAAAGCCGACUUCAACACGUCCACGGCGGUUGAAAUUGUAGGAACCUCAGGGGCGAAGCUUUUCGUCAAUGACGUAGAAACUUCGAUCGAGUCGUCAGAUUUUUCGGCGACUGCCAAUGUUUCCGUAAACAGCCCUUCGUUUAGCAUCCCGAAUCUGGCAGAUCUCGAGUGGAAGUACAUCGACUCGCUCCCAGAGAUCCAGGAGGGAUACGACGAUUCGCUAUGGACGAAGGCAGACCAUAAAUUUACCGACAACACUUACCAACCCCUCUUCACCCCCGUUUCAACCUACUCUUCCGAUUAUGGAUUCCAUACCGGAGUACUCCUGUACCGGGGCCAUUUCAACGCCACGGGCAACGAAGGGAAUUUCUCCCUAUGGACUCAAGGAGGGAGCGGGUUUGCCGUAUCAGUAUGGCUUGACGACCACCUUCUCUCGUCGUUUGGCGGAAACCCAGGAAACGCAAGCUACCAAGGCAAAUACGACGUCACCGGUGCUGGCCUUGAAGCCGGGACGGAGCACGUUUUUACUGUCGUCGUAGAGAAUAUGGGCCUAAGCGAGAACUGGAUCGUUGCCGACGAGAUGAAGCAGCCUCGCGGAAUCUUAGGGUGGAGGCUGGAUACGUCCAAAGCGACUAAUACGCCCAUCAGCUGGAAACUGACGGGAAAUCUUGGUGGUGAAGACUACCUAGACCGUGUGCGCGGCCCAUUAAAUGAAGGUGGCUUGUUCGUCGAACGCCAAGGAUACCACCUCCCAGGCGCGCCGACAGAAUCAUGGGUCUCCCACUCCCCGCUGGAAGGUAUCGGCUUGCCAGGCAUUGCCUUCUACGCGACCUCUUUCGACCUUAACUUGCCUUCUGACGAAUGGGACAUCCCGCUAUCAUUCUCAUUCUCCAACGACACUUCCGCUUCCGGCGUCUACCGGGCUCAACUGUACGUGAACGGUUGGCAAUACGGCAAGCUGAGUAGCAACGUCGGUCCCCAGACAGUAUUCCCUGUACCGGAAGGAAUCCUAAACUAUAACGGCACGAACUAUGUCGGUAUUUCUCUAUGGGCUCUCGAACAAGGUGGUGCGAAGAUCCCUGGGCUCGAACUCGUGGCUGGAACGCCAGUAUGGACAGGAAGGGAGAAGGUCGAGCUCGUGGAUAGCCCGGGCUGGGCGGAAAGAGAACGUGCUUACUGA